AUGAAUGAUUCUAGUUGGUCUCGUCUAAUUUCUCAAAUGGGAGUUAAUAUUCGAUCUCUAUCAGAUGGUAUUAACAGAUUACCUCUUGGUCAACAAUUUAAACAAACCUAUCCAGAAUAUUUGAAUGAUAUUGGAGCUUUAUGUGCUUGUGUACGUAUAUUUCAGGAUACACUAACCCCUGCAUCACAUCACUUAGCUAUAUUCCCCUAUGAGAAAAUAUACAAAGAUCCAAUAGCUAUUCCAAAUUUACUAACAACAGCUACUUCAAAUGGAAUGAGAGAUGAAAUCGAAUUGUUGAAAACAGAGGAAUAUACUGAAAAUACAGAUAUGAGUGUUAAGAAUUUGGUCAAACGAAUAAAUGACUUUAAUAAUAUAUUGAUUAAUAUAUCUCAAGUCAUAUCAGAUAUGAAUAUAACAUAA